UCUCUGAGUGAAGUCUCGCGGAGUAAAAACACCGGCCAUUUUUCUCCAUUUAUAGCACGACACUUUGUGCUGGGGGUAGUGUAACCGAGAGUGUUGCGAUUUCACUUUGAUAAGCCUACAAGUUUUGGCAAGUUUAAUUUUGGUAUUUAAGCAUCCAAACUUCUAACAAACCGACCACAAACAAUGUUUGUGUUGACCGCUGCAAAGUUUGUUCGCUGACAUCCCUGUCCGGAUAGAUGCUUGUCUAAACUGUCGCACAAAUGGAAAUGGUGCCUAGCGAGGAGAACCAGUUCGUACCCAAAGAGAUCCAAAAUGCAGCCGAGGAGCCCAGAGCGCUGUGUAUAAUUCAGGACAUCACCAGCGCGAAGACGGUGAACGAACGGCUGACUCUCAACCUGCCUGCUUCCACCACCCUCUCCAAACUUUAUGAAGAUGUCGCUCACAAAGCAGGAUAUGUAAAUGGCACUUUUGGACUUGCAUGGGGAAAUACGCAAGACAUGGCACCGCUUGACCAUAGUAGUGAGAUGUCCCUCUCAGAGUCUGGGUUUGAACCUGGUGGUAAGAGGAAUUUCCUCCAGCUUACAGAUAAAGAUGGAGAGCAGCCCCAGAUUGCAUCUGAUGAGUCAGGAACAGCAGAUAGCAGUGGACUAGAUGACAGUUCCCAGGAACGAUUUAUUGGACCCCUACUGAGAGAUGGGACUCCUGGCUACAGUGGUGACUACAGCAGUCCAUCUUACUCUUACUCGUCCAUCCUUAGCAAAUCUGAGACGGGUUAUGUGGGCUUGGUCAACCAAGCGAUGACUUGCUAUUUGAACAGUCUGCUGCAAACAUUGUUCAUGACCCCAGAGUUUAGGAAUGCACUCUACAAUUGGGAGUUUGAGGAGCAGGAGGAGGAUCCUGUCACCAGUAUUCCCUACCAGCUGCAAAGACUGUUUGUUCUGUUGCAAACUAGUAAGAAACGGGCAAUUGAGACUACUGAUGUGACGCGAAGCUUUGGCUGGGACAGCAGUGAGGCUUGGCAACAACAUGACGUCCAGGAGCUGUGCAGGGUCAUGUUCGAUGCCCUAGAGCAGAAGUGGAAGCAAACAGAGCAGGCUGACCUGAUCAACCAGUUGUACCAGGGAAAGCUGAAGGAUUAUGUCCGUUGUCUGGAGUGUGGCUAUGAGAGCUGGAGGAUUGAUACUUACCUGGACAUCCCUCUUGUGAUCAGACCCUUUGGAGCCAGCCAAGCCUAUGGCAGUGUGGAGGAAGCAUUACAGGCAUUCAUACAACCAGAAACACUCGAUGGGCCCAACCAGUAUUUCUGUGAACGCUGUAAAAAGAAAUGUGAUGCCCGUAAGGGGCUGAGAUUUCUGCACUUUCCUUAUCUGCUGACGUUACAGUUGAAAAGGUUUGAUUUUGACUACACCACUAUGCAUCGCAUCAAACUUAAUGACCGCAUGACCUUCCCAGAGGAACUUGACAUGAGUCCAUUCAUUGAUGUGGAAGAUGAGAAGUCCCCUCAGACCGAGAGCUGCACUGACAGCGGAGCAGAGAAUGAAGGCAGUUGCCACAGCGACCAGAUGAGCAACGAUUUUUCCACCGAUGAUUGUGUGGAUGAGGGCAUCUGCUUGGACAGCACCAGCAGCACAGAGAGGGUGUUGAAGCCAAAGAGUUUGCUGACCUUUGAGCUGUUUUCUGUUAUGGUCCAUUCUGGGAGCGCUGCGGGCGGGCACUAUUAUGCCUGUAUCAAGUCCUUCAGUGAUGGCCAGUGGUACAGUUUCAACGAUCAGCACGUUAGCAAGAUCACCCAGGAUGAUAUCAGGAAAACAUAUGGGGGAUCCUCAGGGAGCAGAGGCUAUUACUCCGGUGCCUUUGCAAGCUCCACAAACGCAUAUAUGCUGAUUUAUAGACUGAAAGAUCCUUCAAGGAAUGCAAAGUUUUUAGCCGUGGAGGACUUCCCAGAGCACAUAAAGCGUUUGGUUCAGAAGGAGAAAGAGUCUGAAGAGCAAGAAAAGAGACAGAGGGAGAUUGAACGCAACACUUGCAAGAUCAAGCUCUUCUGCAUGCAUCCUGUGAAGAUGAUGAUGGAGAGCAAGUUGGAAGUGCACAAAGACAAAACUCUCAGAGAAGCAACAGAAAUGGCCUACAAGAUGAUGGAGCUUGAGGGAGUCGUCCCUCUGGACUGCUGUCGCUUGGUAAAAUAUGAUGAGUUCCAUGAGUACCUGGAGCGCUCUUAUGAAGGCGAGGAGGACACACCAAUGGGCCUCCUCCUUGGAGGAGUCAAGUCUUCAUACAUGUUUGACUUGCUUCUAGAAACCCGCAGGCCAGAUCAAGUGUUCCAGCCUUACAAACCUGGAGAGGUGAUGGUGAAGGUUCAUGUUGUUGAUCUGAAGAGUGAGACCAUCGCGUCUCCCGUCAGCGUUCGGGCGUACUUGAACCAGACGAUCACUGAAUUCAAACAGCUUAUUGCACAGGCUGCAGGGCUUUCUGCAGAGACCAUGCGUGUGGUUCUGGAGCGCUGCUAUAAUGACCUCCGGCUUCUCUAUGUCCCAAACAAGACACUGAAAGCUGAGGGAUUCUUCAGGAGCAACAAGGUUUUUGUUGAGAGCUCUGAGUUGACCGAUCAUCAGGUUCCUUUCACUGACUCACUCUUGUGGAAACUGUUGGAUCGACACGGGAAUACGAUCCGGCUGUUAGUCUUACUACCAGAGCAGUCUCCUGGUACCUUGGCAAACAGAACUCUUUUCCAAAAAGUAGGAAGUGAGUCUGAUGUGCUCUCUGAGGGGUCAAAAGGUAACAGGAAAUCUGUAGAGGCUAUCCUGGAGGAGAGCACAGAAAAGUUAAAGAAUCUGUCUCUGCAGCAGCAGCAGGGCUCCAGCACCAGUGACAGCCAGAAAAGCUCUGACGCCAGCGACUUUGAACAUAUCGAAUCCCCAACCCAAGAGGCGGACUCAAACUCUUCUCUCUGCGUGGCUGCAGACAACAGAGAGUUAGAGAAUCGGAUCAGGGCCACGUCUGCGGGUAGCGGCGGCGCCUCCUCUGACCCAGAGAACCACUUUGCCUGUGAGGAGCGGUCGGACUCAGAAGUGAACAAUGACCGCAGCACCAGCUCAGUGGACAGUGACAUCCUGAGCUCCAGUCACAGCAGUGACACGCUGUGUAACGCAGACAGCGGCCCAAUCCAGCUGGCCAAUGGCCUGGACUCGCACAGCAUCACGAGUAGCCGACGCUCCAAAGCCCAUGAGGGCAAAAAAGAGACCUGGGACACUGCAGAAGAAGACUCUGGAACUGACAGCGAAUAUGACGACAAUGGAAAGAGCAAGGCAGAGGCCCAGUACCUGUACUUCAGAGCAGAGCCUUGUUCUCAGGAUGAUGCCUCAUGGGAUUCACAAAAAUGUUUGGUGGUUCAUGUGGACAAGAGAAUAACAUUAGCAGCAUUUAAGCUGAACUUGGAGCCCUACGUCGGCGUCACCUCGACCCAGUUCAAGGUGUUUAGGGUGUAUGCCAACAACCAGGAGUUUGAGAGUGUACGGCUCAACGAGACACUCUCAUCGUUCUCUGACGAUAAUAAGAUAACCAUUCGACUAGGCAGAGCCCUUAAAAAGGGUGAAUACAGAGUGAAAGUGUAUCAACUACUAGUCAAUGAACCAGAGCCCUGCAAGUUCCUAGUGGACACGGUGUUUGCCAAGGGCAUGACUGUCAGACAGUCUAAAGAGGAGCUGCUUCCUCAGUUAAAAGAGCAGUGUAAACUUGACCUCAGCAUUGACAGGGUUCGCCUCAGGAAAAAGACGUGGAAGAAUCCGGGCACAGUGUUUUUGGAUUACCACGUUUAUGAGGAAGACAUCAGCAUUUCGUCCAACUGGGAGGUUUUCCUUGAAGUCCUUGAUGAACCAGAGAAGAUGAAGUCAAUGUCACAGUUGGCCGUUCUGACUCGGAGAUGGAGCCCAUCUACGAUGAAGCUGGGGCCUUUUCAGGAAGUGAUUCUGGAGAGCAGCAGUGUGGAGGAACUCAAGGAGAAGCUUAGUGAAAUCAGUGGUAUUCCAUUGGAAAACCUGGAGUUUGCAAAGGGUAGGGGAACGUUUCCUUGUGAUAUUUCUGUGUUGGAAAUCCAUCAGGAUUUAGACUGGAACCCCAAGGUGUCGACCCUUAAUGUGUGGCCUCUUUACAUCUGUGAUGAUGGAGCGGUGGUCUUCUACAGGGACAGCACAGAAGAACCUCUGGAGUUGUCAGAGGAUGAGCGCAAUGAGCUAAUGAAGAAGGAAAGCAGCCGUCUGCUUAAAACCGGACAUCGUGUCAGUUACUCGCCGCGCAAAGAGAAGGCCCUCAAGAUCUACCUGGACGGCGGCCCUGCCAAGGACCCAGGGCAGGACUGAGGCGUGGAGAAACACUCGUGGGUUAUUUGUUUUGCCUGGGUGCUGCAGCAGAGCAUCCAGGCUGCGGGACUCUGAAUGUCGGGCCCGACAGUGACUUGAAAUCGAGCAGCGCUGUGAGGAUUAUGUGCUCUCACCCUCCACCCUGAGCUCCAGGCUCAGAAACCCUAUUGUGCACUAUAGUGUAUUGUACUGUAAAGAUUAAAGGGAAGUACAAAAGCUAUUUGGAUACUGUAUAGACAAAUCAAUUGAAAGUGAAAGCUUCAGGGAUGGAUGCGGAGAGUCAAGGACUGUGAAACCGGUCUGGGAGGCAUCCAUGCUGACUAUUCAAGGCUCCAGUCUACUUCUACAUCAGGCUCUUUCACUGUCCUCCCCGUCACUGUGUGUUCAUCUCCGUGUUUUGGACAAUAGUGCUGAUUAUGAUUCAUCCGUGACCGUCUUGUAAAUCCAUGUGCUCACAAUUUCUGAGCACCACUUUGUUAGAGAAAUCAAUCAGAAUCCUCUUACGUUGAACAUCUUCCUUUAAAUUAAAAAAGAAGAAGAAAAAAAUAAAAAGAAACUACUUAUCCAGCCUUCCUCAGUCUCACCUCUUCUGCCGAGACAAACCUCACUCACUCAGAGACUGCCUGACAAAUUGAGGAACCAUUCAUUUACAAGAAUUGAUGAAUUAAAAAAGCAACAAUUAAUAAUUUGUCAACUUUAAGUUGUUUCUCCUCUAAUGCUCCUAUAAUGCCAGAGUAACGUGUCGAUAUGGGUUGUCUUUACUGCUGCUCUAUGUGCUUUAUAGGAGCUUUGCCUCUGUCACAUCACUUCCACUAGAUGUAGUGAUACAUAGGCUGUCAGUCCUUUUUAAAACUUAAUAUAAUAAAACAAAACCAAGUAGACGAUGUUAAGAAUCUCCUUGUUUUGUUGUUUGUUUGUAAAUUAUUAUUUUGCUUCGGACUUAAUCAUUCAGAGAGGUCUUGUGAAGCACCAGGCACUCAUCUGUUGUCUGCAUUAACCUUUAAUUUAGAAAGUGGAUAUCUUUAUCUGUUUCUUGCACCAUGUAAAACUUGCAGUACAUGUCUUGUGUCAUCUGUGUGUGUGUGGCUCGAGAGGAAAGAGCUCUCUCUGGGUGUUGGGCAGAGAGUCAGAGGUUGGUUUUUGGCGCUUCUACCUGCUGCUGCUUGAUAGACUGACACCAGAGGGCGUAGAAAGCCUGCUGGACUCAGUCUGCCUGUGCAACUGCUCUGAGGACUAAAGCUCAGCGUCACGGCCUCCUUUCCGGGCCUCUGAUGCUGCCACCAGCUAUUCACUGUAGAAAUGCCAAUAUCAGAAGAGAACCUUUUUUUUGUUUUGUUUUGUUGUUGUUGUUUAUUUCUCUGAGACUUCAGAUCCUGUGUGGAAAUAGUUUAAGAUGAUUUUAGAAAUGAAUUAAAGUGCUUUUUUUCAGAA